UUUUUCGUCUGCUAAAUAAGGAGUGACCUUCACCUUCUCAUGAAAGGAAGGAAGAUGGUCGCUCACAUGGAGUAAUAAAUGCUGAUCUGGCAGCCUAAUUAAUUGAAUUCGACCUUCAGAUCGAUAAUACGACAAUCUCGUUUCUUUUGUACGUUAGAGAGAUGGCUAGUUGUCCGGAAGGGGAUAAAUUAUGGGGAGGCAGGUUUACAGGAGGAACUGAUCCUAUUAUGGAAAAGUUCAAUGCUUCUAUUAGUUAUGAUAAACGUAUGUGGAAAGCUGAUAUUGAAGGAAGUCAGGCCUAUGUUAAAGCUAUAGAGAAGGUGGGCCUAGUAACCAGUGAAGAAAGACAGUCCAUUUAUGAUGGAUUGAGUGCAAUAAAGAAAGAAUGGGAAUCUGGAAACUUUAUUAUAAAAGCAGGCGAUGAAGACAUACAUACAGCCAAUGAGAGACGUUUAAAAGAGUUGAUUGGUACAGCUGCUGGUAAACUACAUACAGGUCGUAGCCGUAAUGAUCAGGUCGCCACAGAUAUGAGGCUCUGGUUAAAAGAUUCCCUGGAAACUUUAACAGAUUUAAUAAGUCAGUUUAUAUCAGUCUUUAUCAAAAGAGCUUCCGUUGAGAUAGAAGUAUUAAUGCCUGGAUAUACACAUCUACAAAGAGCUCAGCCUAUUAGAUGGAGUCACUGGUUGCUUAGUUAUGCAUGGAUGCUGCAGAGAGAUUUGCAGAGGUAUGAUGAAUUGAGUAAACGAACAGCCAUUUUACCACUUGGUAGUGGAGCGCUAGCAGGAAACCCAUUUGGAGUUGAUCGUGAAUUCUUGGCCAGGGAAUUGAAUCUGCUUGAUGUUACUGGCAACAGUCUAGACGCUGUUAGUGAUCGGGACUUUAUUGUUGAAUUUCUCUUUGUUUCAUCGUUGUUGAGUACUCAUCUAAGUCGGUGGGCUGAAGAUCUGAUUCUCUAUUGUACAAAAGAGUUUAGUUUCGUCACAUUAUCAGAUGCUUAUAGCACGGGCAGCAGUUUGAUGCCACAGAAAAAGAAUGCUGAUAGUUUGGAGCUGAUCCGAGGAAAAUCUGGUCGAUUAUUUGGUAACUGUGCCGGUUUUAUGAUGACAUUGAAAGGUGUACCUAGUACCUACAACAAAGAUUUGCAGGAAGAUAAAACAGCCAUGUUUGAUACAUAUGAUACACUUACAGGCAUUAUUCAAGUAGCCACAGGUGCCUUGUCAACCCUGACUAUACACCCAGAUGCCAUGACUGCUGCAUUGAGUCCUGAUAUGCUGGCCACAGACUUGGCAUACUAUCUAGUAAGAAAGGGUGUUCCUUUUAGAGAGGCUCAUGGUCUAGCAGGUGGUUGUGUGGCACUAGCUGAAAAGAAGGAAUGUCCCAUGCCGAAACUAACAGUGGAAGAUUUUAAAACAAUCCAUCCAUUGUUUGAUGCAGAUGUCAAUUUAGUGUGGAAUUAUCAGAAUUCUGUUGAUCAGUAUACUGCUACUGGUGGAACUGCUAAACAAAGUGUUUUAAUACAAAUAGAAAAACUACAAACAUGGCUUACCAAUAGAAUUAUUUCAAAUUAAAUACACUAUGUGUCUAAUAGCAAGUUGUAAGAGUAAUAUUAUUGUGAUUAAAGAGUGAAUUCCCAUAUAAUUGCUGUCAGUAUUCAUCAAUUAAUUUUUCAUUUUUUUAUGCAUUAUACGUUGAUUUGUUUUUGACUUUGUGUGAUAUUGUUUGUCAUUAUUAAUAUCAAAUUCCCACUGCCAUAUUAUAAGCUUAAAGCAAUAAAGAUAAUGAAAAGAGUGAUUAUAUGUAAAUAACAUGUAAUUCAAUUUUAUGCACUUACAUGUACAUGUACCUAUAUUGUUGUUGUACUUAUCUAUCUGUCGUUCUUACCUGUCUGUUGUUCAGUCCAUAAUUCUUGUCCUAGGAAGGAUGAUUAUAGAAAUUAAGAGAUGUGCAACUCAUUUUUUCUGAGUUACUUCACUGCCCCUGUCAUUAAAACCAUGGAAAUGUUCUACAGGUCUGAAUUUUCAUGAUUUUUUUUUAUAUGACUGGAAUUGUUGUAUGAAACAAAAGUUGUAUUUCUAUUGGGACAGUAGAAGGAUACAUUAUACCUAUCUUUGAUGUGUCAAAUCGAACAUCGUCAAGCAGCAAAAUCUUAAUUGAGGAAAGUUUUUUUGUCGAGCAACUUACAGCUGAAAAUCUUUCCCAACAAUUUCGGUAUUUCAUUUUAUAUCAUUGACAAAUGCUCAAAAGUCACUAUGUAAUUGUGUAUUGAGUAUUUCUUUUUAUGUUUGCUGGUAAAUAAACUCCAGGACCGCCCUGGGUGACUCACAUUCUGCCCACCACUGGUUGCUGAUCAAUUCUGUGCUUAGUUAUUGCCCCCGACCCCCAAAACAUGAACACCACCUUUUCAAAUGCUGGUGGUGGACAUAUACAAGUAUUUGUUAUUGUUACAUAGAAUAUGCUUCGGUUGGACAUAAAAGACUUUACCGUUAAUACAGGUGUCCCUCUUAUCAAAAAUUUUCUAUUAAAUAGCAUGUGUGUGUGUGUUGUGUCUAUUUCCAGUUCAUAUAACUCAAUCUGUAUACUGUGUAUUUAUUGAUUAAACUGUCUCACUAAUAUAAUAAUACUAAUAAUGAAUGUGCGUGGUAAUGAUUAUAAUGAAUAAUCAUGUUUAUGACUUAA